AAACGACUAGGCUGCAGAAAGUCUGCUGUGGUUUUUCAUGAGAGAGGGAAAGAGAUGUCCAUGGUAGGUUAAGUUAAGUAGGCGGCAUAGUUACAGUGUACAGACAUGAGUAAAAUGCUCCGUUUGAACAGGCGCUGUGUUGACCCGUCAACCAGCGGUUUGACUGAAAGGCUUAAGACUAAGAACACUCCAGCCUCCCCAACCAAAUUACGAAAGAAUAACCUUGAACACACCCAGACGAUGUCGGCUUCUAAGGCCUGGAAAAGGACAGUCCUCCAGCUCUGUCUACAGCAGAGGAGAACUCGGGAGCAGCUUGUGGAGCAAGGCAUCAUGCCGCCGCUGAAAACACCUGCUGCCUUUCAUGAGCAGAUUCGCAGCCUGGAGAGAGCCAAGACUGGGAACCUCCUAAAGCACAAACUCUGCAGCAGACCUGAGCGAUCUGAGCUGGUCCGUAUGCACAUCCUACAAGAGACGCAGGCUGAGCCCUCCCUACAUGCCACACAGAUGAAGCUGAAGAGGGCCAGACUGGCUGACGAUCUCAAUGAGAAGAUCGCCCAGCGACCUGGACCCAUGGAGCUGGUGGAGAAGAACAUCCUGCCUGUGGACUCUGCUGUCGAAGAGGUCAUCAAUGGUGAUAAGGCAAACUACUCUAAGACACCAGAUGUUUACAGCUUUGAUGAGGACAGCAGUGAUACCUUAUCACCAGAACAGCCUUCCAACCAGGAAACUCCCAGCUCCACCUUGGCCUCUCGGGAGUCUGGGGGGACUGAGGCCACUUCAUCCUCCACUCAAUUAAACUCUCCCAUACAGCACUCCCCAUCACCUAACUCACAGUCCACAUCAGAUUUAGUCAACGGUGUCCCUACCAAUGAGCAACCCACAAGCGACCCACAAGCUUCCGCACCUCAGCCAAUCACCACUGUUGUCCCCAGUAUCACACCAGGGCCAGUUCUGGUGAAGCAAAGCCUGCCCAAGCUACCUGGCGAUAAAAGCCGCAGCAAAAAGAGCAAAGAGCCCAAACCAUGGGUGAAAAAGUUGAAGUACCAUCAGUACAUUCCCCCUGACCAGAAGCAGGAGCUCAGUGAAGUGCAGAUGGACACCGCUUAUGCCCGCCUCCUGCAGCAGCAGCAGCAGUUCCUGCAGCUCCAGAUCUUAAGCCAGCAACAGCAGCAGUACAACUACCAGGCCGUCCUGCCUGCCACAGUCAAAGCUGCAACUGAGGUACAAACCAGCUGUUCCAAUGUUCUGAGUGGAAACGCUGUGUCUGCCCCUGCACAGCCCCGCCACACUCGGACGAACCGCAAGCCAGAUCAUUUACCAGCUAAUCUGGAUGAGAUGAAGGUUGCUGAGCUGAAAAUGGAACUAAAACGCAGAUCUCUGCCUGUUUCUGGGACUAAGACAGACCUCAUAGAGAGGCUAAAGUUGUAUCAGGAGACCUCUAACAUACAGACUGCUUCUGCCAUGGAAACAACAGCUGUCACAGCAGCCUCACAGUCUGAAAACAUAAAAUCAACCCCUCCUGUGUCCCCCAUAGCCUCCAAGGUUUCCACUCUGGGCAUAGAGGACAGUAGUAUGACAGACAGUCCAGCAAAUCUUUCAGAUGCUGUGUCUCCAACUUACAAUGCUCCCUGCACGAGCUCCCCACAGAGAGCUCCACAGGAGGAGUUUCCAACAGAGACAAGGUCCUAUGAGAGGGAAUCUCUUGGCAAGGACAAACGUCCGCAUGAGAAGGACUCUGAAAAGGACAAACGUCUGCAUGAGAAGGAGCGUCAGAUUGAAGAGCUGAUGAGGAAGCUGGAACAGGAGCAGAGGCUGGUGGAGGAACUGAAGAUGCAGCUGGAGGUGGAGAAGAGGAGUCAGCAAGGAGAUUCUCCACCUCAGCUCAGCCCUCUUGCUCCCAUCCAGGUCAAAGAGGAAAACAGGUCCCCCUUACACUGCUCCGCGUCCUGUAGCUCUCCUGGUCUGCCAGUGUUGGUCAAACAGGAGGAGGCUGCAGAUCAGAGCCACUUAGCUAAUCCAAAUCAGUUCAUCAUCAGCCAUCAGACCAUCAAGCAGCCUGAAACCCUGCAGUCUGUCCAGAACGGAGCACAGAUCCUCCUGCCUGCAUCCCUUCCUGCGUCAGCAGUCGCUAUCCAGCUCCCAGCUAACUGCAUCAAAUUACAUACUACUGUUAGCAGCGCAGCCCCAGGCCUCAUCCAGACUUCUGGACAGUUGCCACAGAAAAUAGAGGCCUCAGCAGCAUUACAACAGCCAUGCAGCCCUCACAGUCAGCCACUGACGAAGACGUGGAGGAUGGAUACCACAGCACAAAGCUUACUCAACACAUUCCCAGCAAAUGGAUGUCCUGCAGGAGCUGCCGCUAACCAGCCCGUCCCCAAAGGACCUACGAAUAAGUCUCCCAGUCCCAGUCAACCCCCGUUGAUCUUGCAGCAGCCAACAUUCACAAACCAUGUGUCAAAGUGUAAAGACCCACCCCGCUAUGAGGAUGCAGUUAAACAGACACGCAGCAUGCUAACAGCUGUUCAGAGUCCCACUGCAGCUAGCCAGCAGAUGGAUGACCUAUUUGAUGUGUUGAUUGAGAGUGGUGAGAUCUCCCCCUUCAUUAGACAGGAUCCUCCCAGCCUGAGUAAGCCUUUGCCUGUGACAGCCAGUGUAACCACCCUUCCUAUCAACAUGGUUUUAUCCCGCCCUCCUCCCAUGGUCCAAGUGGCCCAGCUGCCUACUGCACCCCUCAAACCCUCAACCAGCCUGGCAGCGCUGACCUCUGACACCCAGCUGGACAGCCUCCUGGAUUGCACGCUAGGCGCUGACACUGAGCCACAAACACUGAAGCUGAUGGAGGAGUUACACUCACCUAUAGUCACCAUGGAAGUGGACUUUAAUGAAAACACACCGCCCUCUGCUUUGACCUUGCACAGCCCCAACAUGGACAAUAUGGACUGGCUGGACCUUACCCUGUCUGUGCCAUCAGAGGGUGUCAACCCUUUGGACAUGUCGACACCAGUGGGUGUCUUCUCUUCUGACUUCCUGGACUCUCAUGAACUGUGUUGAUGGAAAUGAGGUAAUCUGCAUAAUCAACGCUAAACUGUGUGUUAUAAAUAUAAGGCAUAUUAAUCAAUAUAAUACUUGUAUGUAAUCAAUAUACUGAAUAUUAUUUGUAAUCAAACAGUACAUUUACUCAUGCAGUUGUGCAUUGAAGGGUAGAAAAAAGGAAGUCAUUUGAACUUGUGAUUGCCAGAAAAAGUGUGCAUUGGGAACUGCCAUUUUUGGGAAACGGUGAAGGGCAUAGAGUCAGACACCUUUGAUGGUAACUGAAGUUCAGGAGAAGCUUUGCAGAGGUGUACUUGAACCGCAAGUCAUGCUCAAGUAUCACAUCUAUCAGAGGGUCCCAUGUGUUUGCACUGACCAAUCAGUCACAUCCCGUAGGACGUGACUAGGAUGAGUGCAGUAUAGGACGGGGGUUAUGGAGUUUUAAAAGCGUCGGCCGGGAAAAUAUCUCCACUCUGCAUUCUGGAUCCAGACCCUUCGUAUGUCAGAUUUGUACUUUGUACUCUCUGUUAAUUCGAAGAAUAAAUGAUUGUGUGAGAAAGAUAAAGUCAUGCUCAUCUGUGUUUAUGAGGUCAGCUCCUACGAAUCUGUUAAUGGAUGUUUUGAAACAUUAUUGAAGCCAGACGAUAAUCGCAACAACUGCGCUUGAACUGGGACUGAGUGCUGUUAAGGUCAAUUCCUGCCAUUUCAGAUGAACAUUAUGUUUUAUUUAUUUAAGGGAGAAAUGAUUUUGUUUCCAUGAGAGAAUAAGAGCUGUUGGCGUUUUGGGCAGCUCUGCUCUGCUUUUUGGACAGAUAAAUCAGUUCAGUAAUAAUCUAAUGCAGUAUCAUUUUGGAAGUUGCUGCAUUGCUUCCUUUGAAGUCUUUAAACCCUCUGAUUAUCGGGGGAGACUGACAUAACGUAGGACUGGUACUGACAGUUUGAGCUGACAGUGGAAGUAACUUUUAAGCUUUCAAUCUUAAAUUAUGCCGCUGGUUUGUUAUCAAUCUCUUCUCAUGUUUGUCCUCUUUGUCCUCCAAUCUUUAUGAAUGUGCAUUGCUGUAUUGACUGUGGUAAUAGCAGAAACUAACACUAUUAUCAAAACAGAUUGUAAACACACAACCGCUAAAUGUCAAGCAUUUCUGUGAUGUAUCUCCAGUGUGCAUGUGUACGCUGUGUACAAUAUUGUAUGACCAGUAGUCCUAUAAGCUUUAAAAAGAAGAAUCCUAACUCAUAGUUACGGGCAAUAGUCACAAGAGAGAUCUGCUGCGCUCCGUCAAGAGUGUAUCCAAAUAAAUAAUGAUAGAUUGUUACUGGAACAUCAUUCGCUGCUUUAAAGUCUGGCAGACUGACUCUUACCAGGGUUAAAAUGAUUGAAUCAAGGUCAGCUUGAUUUUUGGUUAGGUAGUUUAUUCAACAUUUGUAAACACGGCAGGCCAUACGAGACCAUGAUCUCUGUGCAUAGCUUUACAAAGUAACAACAGACAUACAGACACAACCUACAGAAAGAACAGUAUUAAUGAGUAUGAUUUAGUGUGCAACUAUGUUUUAGCCUCUUUUUAUACUGAAAUAACCUUAAUGUAUUACAGUUGAUUUGUAUUGUACUGACAUCUGCUGGCCGCAUCUGGUUUUCUUUUUUUUCCUUUUUUUUUUUUUUUUGCAAAAUGCAAAAGAUGACUUCUGUUAGGAAGGAAAUAAAAUUCAGUGUCAAAGAAACCAUCAUGCACAGCAUGAUGCACUGCAGCAGGAUGGUGUCCUGGCGGUGGUGCUGGUGUUUGAUUCUAAUGGAAAGUGUACUGACUGUGUUGUUUUGUUGAAUUGUUAGGGAUUCUCUGUCUGCCUCUGCAGGUUAUCUGGAGCGUCAAUGACAAACACAUCUGAAUGUUGAAGGAACUGUUGUGAAAAGGACUUAUGUGAUUGGCAAUUUUUUUUUUUUUCCAUGAGAAAUAUUUUGUCUUUACUAUACUAGUAUAACUCAACAGCAAGAAACAUUGUAAUGCAUAAUUUGUAUGCCACAUGUUUUACACAUUGUUUAUUUAUGUUAUCUUUUAUACAAAUGUAGCAAUUGUUCUGCAAAUACAGAGAUAUUUGGUAUUUCACACUCAGCCUCUAAGUAUCUACAUCAUCUAAUUCAUAUAGAGAAUAUUUUUUAAUUAAGUGUAGGAUCACUUUAUGUUAAAAAUUUAAUAUAAUACACAUUUACAUACAAU